AUGGACCUCAAUGGGACAGCAUGUAAAAUGUACAGCCGGUAUCGCGAGGCUCAAUCCGGUCGCAUAUGCUGUCUCGAAUAUGAGGCUCUAACGCUGCUGUGUGCUUCGAAGACAGGGCGAGUAUCCUCCAAGUCGAUCUUGGAAUGUAGCCGCAUAGCUGUACCACUUCUGACCGAGCCUAAGCGAGUCUUGCUUCGAAAUCUAGGGGCAACCAAUAACCUGCGUGGUGCUGGUCAGUUCCGGGUGGCUGGUUCUUCGUAUCAAUCGACGCGUAUCGGGCAAAUGAGCCAUCAACAAUACAUGCAUUCUUCCUUCAGUUUCAAGGGCACACCCGGAGCAAUGGGUCGAUUGUGGAUAUGGUCGCACGGAUCGCACAAGAAUGACCCGGCUACCAGUCGUGCGGCUCCUGGUUUCCAGGGUCAUCCUAUCUCGAAACACGGGUUUCAGCUGUCCACUGGCCUUUCAGAUUUUACUUUUGGAGACCGCGCAAUAACUAUAGUAACAAAGAGGUCGCUUCAUAUGUCAGAGGGCGAGGGUUCAGGAAUUGUUGAUAAACUCCGACUGGGUGGAAUUGUGAAACAUCGGCUAACCUUCUUUGUCGCAUAUUUCUGGUGA